GAAAUGGGCUUAUUUACACAAACACUCAAAAUGAUGCUUUCAACUCCAGCUCCAUUUCAGAGAUGCACAGACAGGGUUCAGUGCAUGGGAUUAGCAGCAGCAGCAGUGAGGAGGACUCAAGAGUGAGCACCCUGGUUAGCCCAGCCAGAUGAUGCCAGUGACUCACCAAAGAAGUCUUCACGGUGGCCACCUCCUGGUUUCUCCUGCUGGGCAGGAAACCUACUGCCUGGCAAAUGCCUUCCUCCUUCCACGUUUCCUACCCCCCCAACCUCCCACCAAAAAUUUUCAUUCUGUGCAGGGAUUGCCUCAUUCACCUGGUUGGGAAACCAGAAGCUGUGGCAACUGGGGAAGGGAGGAGCUAUCUCUGCAUGGCCCAUGGCCCUGGCAGCUGGCCAAAACCUGGCUUGCUAUAAAAGGGAGCCGACACUGAGCCCUGCACGUCUUCUGUCAACUCUGUUUCAGGGAGACCUGGUGGGGCAGAUCCUUGGGCACCAUGCUGACGGAACUGGAGAGUGCCAUGAACUCCCUCAUUGAGGUUUACCACAGGUACUCCCUGGAGAAGGGGAAUUACCACGCCCUCUAUAGGGAUGACUUGAAGAAAUUGUUAGAGACAGAGUGUCCUCUGUACAUGAAGAAAAAGGAUGCAGAUACCUGGUUCAAAGAGUUGGAUAUCAAUAGUGAUGGUGCAAUUAACUUCGAGGAGUUCCUCAUACUCGUGAUAAAGGCUGGCGUGGAUGCCCACAAAGAAAUCCACAAAGAGUAG